AUGAAAGCCUUCUUAGCCGCUAUCGCUUUGUGCGUCCUAGCUGUUGCUUCUGAAGCCAAACUUGGUGGUUCUGGUACCACAACCAGAUACUGGACUCCUGCUCUUGGAAAGAAAACGAAGCCACUCCGACUCCAGUCAACUCUUGUAGCAAAGAUAGUACCACUAAAGUGCAGCCUUCUGUACGCUCUAGCUGUGGUACGGACGGUACUUCCUACGUGUGUAACAGCCUUCAAGCAUACAUUGAUUCUUCGGACUGAAUCAUUGGCUUCGACUAAUCAAACUGUUGCGAUCGUCGGGGAAGAUAUAGAUCUGCUAAUAAUUAUGAUGGGUCUUAGCACUUCUCCAAACGUGUAUCUGCUGAAGCCAGGGAAGGAGAAAACGCCUCAGUUACUGUACCAACCGCAGUCUGCAGUGAAACAAAAUCUUGCCAAGCACAUGAUGUUUCUGCAUGCGAUGAGUGGAUGCGACUCCACGUCAUCUCUGGAAGAGACCGUUGGAAAAUUCUUGGAUCUUUCAGUCCAGCAAGUGGAUAUUGCUGCUGCUGGAGAAAAAUUUGUGGUUGCCCUAUACGAGGCUGACCACCUAACAACUAGCUUGAAUGUGCUACGAUACAAGCACAAGUGUCGCACCUACUGUGGUAGCCGUUGUGGCUCCAGGCGCGCAGAUCUGUUCUGCCGCAAAGUCUGCAUCAAUUGUCCCGAUACUUGCACCAACGUGGACGAAACAACCGAUCUCGAUGGGCAAGAAGAUGACCCUCCGUUUGCUCCACCACUGUCAGAGGAAGGUGAGACUUCAGAAGUUGAAGAACAUCCGCAACACCCUGCCACUCCGAGUACUGAAGAGCCUGAGCCUGGAUCAUCAUCGUCCAUUACACACCCUACGCCCGAAUCUUCUAGAGACCCAGCAAAACGAAUGAAAUGUAAAUAA